AUGGGUUCUGUCAACGGAACUGCGGCCUACCCUUCUGCUGGCAUCCAUACUGCGAUUGCUCCCACUCCCAGGAACAAGUUCGAAGCCAUCCCCGCCCAGUACCCUGCGCUGACGAUGCCGUGCAAUCUACGACUUCAACCCAAGCACAGCGUGACGCACUGUAUCGAGCCUGACGGUCCACCUGUUUUCGCCCGACCUCGACGCCUUCCGCCGGAUCGUCGCGCGGUAGCACAAAAAGAAUUCGAAAGCAUGCUUGAAUUGGGAAUCGUCAGACCGUCAUUCAGUAAGUGGGCGUCUCCACUACACAUGGUCCCCAAGAAGACCGGGGAUUGGCGGCCCUGUGGAGACAUGCUGGUGAUGAUCUAA